AUGGGUGCAAAUUUCAGUAAUUGCCAGUUCACAAAAUCAGGUGAUUCAUGUUAUUCGCCAGUUUCAAUGAUAAAUAGCACAUUAAAUGAAACAGCUACAAAUAACUUUAUUUUAAAUCUUGAAAAAUCUAAAUUUGGAUCUGAAAGCAACGAUUAUUGGUUCACGUGUAUGGAAGGUUCAGUGCCAUAUAAUGGAACUUUAAAUUGUGAUAUUGAAAGAUAUGCUACAAUUGUUUGUGGAAGCAACCUUCAAAAACCUCUCUUAGCUUUCCCUCUUCCAGCAAAAGAAAUGAUAGUUGCAACUCAAAUUUAUGAUGGGAAUUUUCAAGAAAAAUGGGUCUUGAGAAGUGGUUAUUCAGGUUAUGUUUCAAAUAUUGGAAUUAUAUCAAAUGAAACGAUCAAUAGUCCAAAGAGUCAAAAAACUCCAUUUGAUUCGUUUAGUAACUAUGAUAUUUCUGAUAAAGGAAUUAAAAUUACAGGAUUUGAAAUUGGUAAUCAAUCCAAAAUUGAAGGAGGACCCACAGUUGAAGUAGGAUCUGCGAUUUUAGGAGGAUCUACAGUUUUAGGAGGGCCCACGACUGAAGGAUCAAAAUUGAAUGGAGAAUUUACAGUUGAAGGAGGAUCCACAAUUUUAGGAGGACCCACAACUGAAGGGACAUCUACAACUUCAGGAGGAUCUACGACUUUAGAAGGGUCCACAGUUUUAGGAGGAUCUACAACUGAAGGAACAUCUACGACUUUAGGCGGAUCAACAACUGAAGGUACAUCUACAACUUCAGGAGGAUCUACGACUUUAGGAGGAUCCACAGUUUUAGGAGGAUCUACAACUGAAGGAACAUCUACGACUUUAGGAGGUUCUACAGUUUUAGAAGGGCCCACAACUGAAGGAACAUCUACCACUUCAGGAGGAUCUACGACUUUAGGAGGAUCUACGACUUUAGGAGGAUCUACGAUUUUAGGAGGAUCUACAACUGAAGGAGGAUCUACGACUUUAGAAGGGUCCACAGUUUUAGGAGGAUCUACAACUGAAGGAACAUCUACGACUUUAGGCGGAUCAACAACUGAAGGAACAUCUACAACUUCAGGAGGAUCUACGACUUUAGGAGGAUCCACAGUUUUAGGAGGAUCAACAACUGAAGGAACAUCUACCGCUUCAGGAGGAUCCACAACUUUAGGAGGAUCUACGACUUUAGGAGGACCCACAGUUUUAGGAGGAUCUACAACUGAAGGAACAUCUACAACUUUAGGAGGUUCUACAGUUUUAGGAGGGCCCACAACUGAAGGAACAUCUACCACUUCAGGAGGAUCCACAGUUGUAGGGGGAUCUACGACUUUAGGAACAUCCACAACUGAAGGAGCAUCUACGACUUUAGGCGCAUCCACAGUUGUAGGGGGAUCUACGACUUUAGGAGCAUCCACAACUGAAGGAGCAUCUACCACUUCGGGAGGAUCCACAGUUUUGGGAGGAUCUACGACUUUAGGAGCAUCCACAACUGAAGGAGCAUCUACCACUUCAGGAACAUCUACGACUUCAGGAGCAUCUACAGUUUUAGGGGGAACAACAACUGGAUCAAAAUCGGAAGGAGAAUCAAAAAUCGAAGAAUCUAAAAUCGAAGAAUCUAAAAUCGAAGAAGUGACGGUAACAAAUAAUACAUAUAUAAUUCCAGUAGACCAAAAAAAUGUUGAAAGCGGUGGAACGUUGUCAUUCACUAUUCCAAUUAAUAAAACUAAAGAAAGCGAUAUCAAAAUAAACAUUAAUGAUAAUAAGGGUGGGAAUAUUAUUGGUUUGGAAAUAAGUAAAUGCUGCGGUAAACUAAUUGAUUUAAGUAAUAAAAAAUAUGAUAGAUUUUCAUACCCAGAAAAAUUACCAGAAAGUGGGAAUUUAGACUUGAGUUUAACAUGGUUAUCGUCAAUAUACACUCUAAAUAUAAAAUCUUCUAAUAAUUCUAUAGCAACCAUUCCAACAGAAAAUGCAAAUAUUCCAUAUAAAGCCGUUUUAAUGGUAUCAUCCACAAAUGAAAAAUUGAAUCCAAAUUGGAGUUAUAAAACAGGAGUUGUAAGCACUGGUCUGACUUCAUGCUCAAUAAGUGCAUUAAAUGGUAAAUGUAAGAGUUCUAGUGUGAUAAUUUCAAAAAAUGUUAAUCCUAACAUGGAAUUUUUGAGAUUUGGUUUCCUUUUCUCUAAGACAAUUUUGUCUCCUUUCGAGAUGGUUAUUUCUCAAGAUUCUACUAAUUUAGUCACUUUACAAAUAUCAUCAAAUCUCAUAAAAGUUAAUUCUAAUACUGGUGAACAAGAAAUUAAUCUCAGUAAAGAAAUAACUACUGGAGAAUGGGUUUCUGGGGAUAUUUUUAUGGUUUCUGAUCAAAUUCAUAAUUUAAUUGAAAAAGAUAAUACAAUCACCU